CCGCCCCCUCCCGGCCGGCCUCCCGCGGUGGCAGCUGCGCACACGAGUUCGGCCUAGCGGUCCUGAAGCUGGCACGCAGGAAAACUGGUGCGUCACGAUGUCAGUGACUGUGCCCCUGAUAGGUUCCCUAAAGCUAGAGAGACUAUGGUUGAAAAUUCACCAUCACCAUUGCCAGAAAGAGCGAUUUAUGGCUUCGUUCUUUUCUUAAGUUCUCAGUGUGGGUUCAUACUCUAUCUUGUGUGGGCAUUUAUUCCUGAGACUUGGUUAAACUCCAUAGGACUAACAUAUUGGCCUCAAAAGUAUUGGGCAGUUGCUUUGCCAGUCUACCUCCUUAUUACUUUAGUAAUUACUUACAUAUUAUUAUUUGGAAUUAAUAUGGUGAAUACUUCUCCACUGGAUUCUAUUCAUACAGUCACAGAUAAUUAUACCAAAAAUCAGUCACAGAAGAAAUCUCAAGAAAAAGCUGUUCCAGCCUUAAAAGACAUACCUAUUAGUGAAGUAAAUCAAAUGUUCUUUAUUGCUGCGAGAGGACUUUACACUAAAAGCUGAAUUAUACAAAGAACAUCUCAAUCCCAAAUAUUCAUUUAAGAACUUUUUGAAUAGGACGAUUUUGACUACUGACUUUGUUUCCCUCAAACAUCUUAUAUUAAUUGAGAAGGAAAAAAGAUCCAAGUUGAAUGAAAAGAAAACUGACCUUGGAGCUGGGAAAACCUUGUCUCAGAUCUCACUUCUGAGACAAUAGUUGAAUGACCCUGGGCAAAUCACCUCUCAUUGCUCAAUGUAACUCUCUAAAACUUCACAGAAAAGAAGCAGAGUUCCCUCUUCUGGGGAUUUCUUAUAUCAGUUUCAUAAUGGGUGAAGUCCCUCUCCCAAUCAGAUUUUUCUGGAAUGAGAUUCCAAAUAUUAGUUGAUGAAUGGAAGAAAUAAAAUGCUACAUAUCAUAUUUACUAGAAAAGUUCUAAUUAAACAUUUAAAUUAUAGUUAACGAAUAAGAAUUAACCUUUUCCUUACUUGGCUUUUAAUGGGUUAAGUAUUCAAACUACUUGCCACAGAAAAGAUUGCAUCUGAUUCAGUUCAACAAAAAAAUUACUAAGUAUCUAAUAUGUGCAAGACUGCUAAGUUCUGGAGAUAUGAGGACAAAUACAAAAACUGUCUUCAAGGAUCUUACUUUUUUUUGAGGACAUAUGACAUAUAUACAUAUAAAUAUAAUUAAUAUCUGAAAAGGAAGAGGGUGCUAACCAAAAGGGGGAGGGAGAUUAGAAAUAUUUCUCAGAGGAGAUGACCUACCUAGAAUACAGUAGGAAGGUAAGAAUUUCAAGAUAAAGUAAUAUAUCCUUAGCAUGGAGACAACUUUUACAAAGGCAUGGAUUCUGAGUAUGGCAAACAAGUGUUAAGACUGACUGAAUCAAAACAAAAAAACAAACAAUAUGAAAUCAGUAUGAAAAGUAGAGGGCUUUGAAUGGCUGGCUAAGGUUUGUAUUAUUAUUCUAGCAGUCAUAGGAAGUCACUGAAGGUCUCUGAGCAAGAAAGUAAGACUUGUGCCUUCGGAAAAUAAAUGUGGCAUGUUGGUGAAGGGUAUAUUGGAGGAGAAAGAGACUGGAAGCAAAGUACAUUUAGGAAGCUGUUAAAUUGGUAUAAGUGAGAGAUGAUGAAGGCCUGAAUGAAAUUGGUGGUGAGUUGAGGGAAAGAGAAAGAUGCAAGAGAUAUAGGGAAUUUAAGAUGAUACCGAAAUUGAGAAUUUAGGAAAGUGAACUAUUCAUAUCUCUCUCCAUCUCUGACAUACACACACAACAAAAUGGGAAAUAAGUAGAAAGGUGGGAUUAGGGACAAAAAAUAAUCCAUUUGUUAUUUGCCCUUGUUCUCAACUUUAUUCAUUAAACUAUUCUCUCCAAAUAA